AUCUAUCCACACAUGCUCGGAGAAGAAACCACAAUGCCACCGUCGUGCAAGUAGCAGGCUGAAUGGAAAAUAGUUAUAUUAUGCACUACGUUUGUUGAACACAAGUGCGUAAAGACCAACGGAUGGGGAACUAUAAGCACUUCGUGGCGCGCUGUAGCUGGAGGAAACUUCCAUGCGCUCGGUCUGAUCACCGGAUAAUCUGAGAGGGAAUGAGACGAGUGAAGUCGUGAAAGUUAGACUGAAGGAAAAUGUCGGCGACACAUGUCUCACCUUUGUCCAACAAAACCAACCAAUAUGAGGACGUGGACGCGGUCGAGGGCAACUGGCAGCUUCUCUUUGGUUUAUCCUUCGCCAUCGCCACUGUCACUUGCUUGGGAGGUUUGUACUCGCUUAUGUCGCUGCUCAGGAUGAGAAGCAAGUCUUCCCUCUGUCUGAUAGUGGCUUCUUUAUCAAUAGACGACCUGAUCAGCGUCGUGCCGCUCACGCUCUUCAUGAUCUUGCAAUGGAGGAGCGGAGAUGCGAACCGGUCGGGCGCAAUGUGCACUCUGUCCGGUCUCCUUUACGUUUUUCAAGGGUUGUCAAGCAAUAUGAAAGCUUGUCUCAUAGUUGCCUACACGUUUUACGUUACAAAACGCUUUGGAGUGUAUCAGACGUCUAACCGACCUCUCGGGGUGUUUGUGGCUGUGGUGGCGGUGUGGACGGUGAGUCUCGCGGUCAGCGUCCUGCCCGUGUGUGGCUGGGGUCGCUUCGCCCCCGCUUCUCUCGGCUGUCUCCCGGAGAACGACAGCCUGUACGUACUACUGCUGUUCGCUGUUUACUCACUGUGUUUCUGCGGGUUGGUAGUUUGCUCGAUUCCUCUAAUCUACCAGCUCAUGUGCUCCACGGAGGCCCUGAGAACAUUUUACCCGAACUAUUUUGAAAUUGCCGGGUCGGCUCCGCUGUGUGAGAUCCCCUCUCUGUCACGGGAUAGCUUGGAGAAAAGUUUGGGAGCCUACAAUGAAUUCAACUCAAAAACUGGCAGUUUUGAGAACAAAACGGAGACGUAUUCUUUGUCAUACUCUCCAGCAACCGGUCAUUUCCAGAAAGAUGAAGCUCAGAGUGCACUACAUUCCACUGUGUUUUUCUCUCAGAAGCGCUUCUCGAUGAUUCUGGCCAUGGCGCGAAUGGUUCUGUGGAUGCCAAUGAUGACCCAAAUCCUGGUGAGUCAUGCUGUUCACAUGCACAGCUCAUCCUUGGAGACUCUCUGUUUUUUUCUGACCUUGCUCUCCGCGGCAGUCACCCCUGUGUUCGUGCUUUCGGAGCGCUGGAUCCAUCUGCCGUGCGGCUGCUUCAUCAACUGCCAUCAAGGCUUAGGAUCCGAGGUUUCCAACGCGAAGAAAAUGAGAUUUGAAUUCAACCUCUCAUUCCAGCAAGGCUAUGGCAUUUACAAGAUCUCCCACAUCAAGUCACCUUCCAUCGAGAAACCCUCUUUUAACAGUUUAUACAGCUGCAAUUUCUCUGAGAGCAGAGUGGCAGUGCUGGACAGUGGUCAGAUCGGUAAGUUCAGCACCACGGCAGCAGAGGACAGCUCCCUCCACAGCAAGCUGCUGCUUGAAGAGAGAGCAGACAGCCAGCCUCAGAGCUCCACAGAAAGGGACGGACCGUGCAAUGUCUCACCUCAUGUUUCUACCUGCGAUCGUGAGGAUCUUCACCUCGACAACUCGUCUGUAUUCAAUGGUCCUGAGAGGAGGCUGUCCCACGAGGAGUGUCGUAAAAUCGAGCUGACUGACUGGGAGUGGUGCAGGAGUAAAUCAGAAAGGACACCCCGACAGAGAUCCACGGCUGGGUUGGCCAUUCCAUUAUGUGCCUUCCAGGGCACCGUUUCCCUCCAUGCCCCCACGGGCAAAACACUGUCGCUCUCCACUUAUGAAGUCAGUAGCGAUGGCCUGAAGAUCUCCCCCAACAACGCCAAGAAAGUUGAGGUGUACCGCUCCAAAUCGGUGGGUCACGAACCUAGCGCUGAAGAGCAUAACUCUAGCACUGGGGGUGGUGGAGUUGGAGUUGGGGGUGGAGUCGCAGACACCAACGUAAAAAUUCACCUGGAGGUUCUGGAGAUCUGCGACAAUGAGGAGGCCAUGGACAGUGUGUCUAUUGUCUCCAACAUCAGCCAGUCAUCCACACACGUACGCUCACCUUCACUACGCUACUCUCGUCGUGAGAACCGCUUUGUCUCGUGUGACCUAGGUGAAACGGCCUCAUACUCGCUGCUGAUCCCCACAAGUAACCCGGAUGCGGACAACAUUAACAUCCACAUUCCAGAUACAGUGGAAGCGCAUAGACAGAACAGCCGGAGACAGCACCAGGAGGCUGGAGGUUACCAGGAAGAGAUACAGCUGCUUAAUGAAGCCUAUAGGAGGCAGGCAGGUGAUCAGGGGAACUGAAAUAACCAGAAACACCAGGAUAGGCCAAUGGGCUGAGAAAUCCCUAGGAAGAAGUAUAGAAGGUUUGGAUGAAAUAUUGUGAUAAAAGCUCAUAGAGUUGCAAGGUCAUUGUAGAUUAAAGCAACCAGACUUAAAAAUAUUAUUAUCUAAGCACAACAAGAGUAAGCAGCGAGAUCAGAUGUUGCAAUGUGAAAAUCCAGUUUAAGGAAUCACAGGAGAGGCAUUUGUCUGCUAAACUGUUUGCUUUAGUAAGCAAUUGUGGGAUAAAAAUAGGCUGGACGCAUGAUGAGAUGUAGUAAAUUAAUUUAGAAUUAAAAUUCAAGAUUAGCAUGCCAUAAGGAAGAGCUGGAGGUUUGGAAAGGGAAAUGUAACUAAAAUGUGAUCAGAGAUGCAACAAAUCUCAAGAUGAGACAAAGAGUUGGUUUUUCAGAUUUGCCCUUGAUUUCAAGCCUCAGGAAUGAUAGAUCAGGGGGUUACGGCAAUAAUGGUUACUCUCAGAUGGUUAGAAGUGGAGAUGUCUUCGUUUGAAUGAAGCUUUGGAGAAUAAAGCUGAAGCCCUUGAGUGGAUGAAAGUGAUGUAUAUGCUGAAAGGAAGGUUAUUGGGUACAAAGUAGGAAGAAUGGACUUAACUCGCUUCUCAGAUAUUCUGUCAUUUAUUGAAUGCAAAUAUAAGUGCAUAGACAGAAAAUCUUCAGAAGAGAGUUGAAUAGAGAAGGAUAAAUACUGUCAUGAGUAUGUGCGUUUGUGGUGAGAAAGACAAUGAACAGGAUUGCGAGGGCAUAUGUGCAAGGAAAAAACUAAAAUAAAUAAAUUUUAUUAUUCUAGCUCAGGCAGAAACCAUAUGGCAUACUGAAAUAAAACAUUCCAAAU